AACAUAUACACUACACGGUGUUUACAAUGAAGACAACGCAGCCUAACGCUCUCGUCGAACGCACGGCAAUGUGGGAUAAAUUUUAAAUGUGGACAAGUAAUUCAGACUAAACCCUAAUAAAAUGACGUCAUCACACAUUUGCGUAGUUGUCUUUAAAACUAUUAAGUCAUGCAUAUGAUUUGAUAUGUGACGCAAUUUAUUAAAUGCGUAAAAAUAACCCGAAAAUCUGGUGCGUGCAUACACUGUUUCCGUUGGUUCCUGUGUUGCUAAUAGCAACAGACUACAAACAUUAAAUACAAUCUCCAAGAAAGCCUCACACUCCAGUACAGUCAUGAGUUCACCAUUGACGAUGCUAAAGAAAACAAGGCGUAUCCCGCUUCAAUAUGCGGAAAAUGCAAGACGGGGGGAAAUGGAGAAUCUGUUCACAGGUUAGCUGCAGCUCACGUCCAUCAACACUACUGCAAAAUGUAUCAGAUUUUUAUCCAACCCAUUCUCCUACUCUCCAAACACAACCCCUCACCUUUAAAUUAGAACAUCAGAUCCUGGCUGACCCAAGUGUUCCCGUGGCCAGUCCUACUCAACGCGGUGACGGGAACUUCCUGAGGUUUAAGACAUCUCAUACAGGGACUGCACAAAGCGACUUUGAGCCGAUGUCUUCCAUGAUGCAGAGACUGACAGUACUUGAGAGGAAGGUCACCAGCCAAAAAGAGGAAAUGGCGCGCAAGGACAAUGUUAUUUUGGGUUUGAGGGAGAAACUGAGAAUUCAGGAAGACUCAGAGCGUGGCCAUGUUGAGAGUUGCAGUCAUCUUGAAAGAAAGUGUGAACAGCUACAGCACCAAGUGGAUGACAUGGAGAGCUUCCUGAAUGACUAUGGUUUGAUCUGGGUGGGAGACAGGAAGUUCACUAAUGCAGUACAGCAGGCAAACAUCUCAGUCACAGGUAUAAACCAUAUAUUUACUUUUGAACUAAAGGGGCUACUAACAAGUGGGGAAUGCUACCUUCUUGCAGACACCACUGUGGUCCAGAAUUUCCAUAUGGACUUUGAUCUUGUGAUACAGACGAUUAAGGAACUGAACAUUCUCGCAGGGGAAUCAUUCGUACGAUUCACACCGACAGGGGCGCAGUUGGCACGAAAUGAUCCCGUGCAACUGAAGCUCUACAGCAAUGGCAUUGUCAUGUUCAACGGACCCUUCCGCUCCUACCGGGAGAACAGCACCCAGCAAUGCAUGCAGGAUCUGAUGGAGGGCUAUUUCCCAUCUGAGCUUCAAGACAGGUUCCCAGAUGGUGUGCCUUUUGAGGUCCAUGACAGACGAGAUGAGGAAUUCGUUCUCAGAGAACCAUGCAUUAAGUUUCCUGGCAGAGGACUGAUUAUGCGGGAGAGAAAAGAGGACUUAUCAGUCAGAGUCAGCUCCCAGUUUCGCGCUAAGACAUUAAGCACAAAACAAUUCCUGAACAGGCUGCCAAAAAUGGUGGUGAAGGCGGGUCGAGUGAUUGACAUCAGGGACUCUGCGCGGACAGCCUUACAGGCCUCGCCUGACGCACACAACAGCUGCUCAGCGAUCAUUGUCGAGACACCUGCACUCCAAGCAAUGAAGGACAGCUUGCACACAAUCACCUCUGACCUGCCUUCGUCCGCACGCAACGUCAUCACACUUAAGGUCAAAUCAGAGGAUGGCGAUCACACUUACGUGCUGAAAAUGUGCAUCUCCGAGACCGUGGGUCACCUGAGGCAGCACUUAGACACACAUAGGGGGCAUAACCUCGCUGGCUAUGACAUUAUCAGUGCAUACCCUCAGUGUCACUACCAGGAUGACUGCCAGACGCUUGGGUCAUGUGGACUUACGACCAAUGUGACUCUUCUUCUGCGAGGAAGGAAAAACACAAAUAAAUCCUCCAUCUAAAUAAGACCAAUAGUAUAAACAUGACAGUUGUGGGUUCAAUUCCCACGCAGUGCCUGUGUGAAUGUGAGUUCGAAUGGUUGUCGAUGAUGGGAUAGAUUCAAGCUUCCUGGUACCAUGAAUGGGAUAAGUGCCCAGAAAGAUCUUUACAGGAUGCCAAGGAAUGGUUCUGGGACAAAACUUGCAGUGAUAGCUUGAGUUGAAAAUACUCAAUUUUUUUCUUCCCAAAUGUAUUUGUUUCCCAAAAAUUAAAAGGUAUAUUCUGAAUGA